GUCGUGUUGCAUUGUGGGAUUGCAAGGAAGCGUGCCGGGUCUCAUGGCUGAAAAAUCGAAGAUCACUUUGUAAAAAGAAAAAUUUGGACUUUUAGAAUAUACAGACUGUAAUCUGUGGUCUCAAAUCAAUUUCCAUAGGUCUUAAUCUGACUGCCAUCACGUUCUAGAUGGACAAUCCUGUCCCACAGGAGGGGGAGUCUGUGGUAGAAGAGGAACAAGUAAUUUCCAUGGAGGCAUCUACAGACCAAGUUCAAACUGAGAUAGUGAUGGCAGACCCGGUUGCUGAGAUAGUGAUGGCUGACCCGGUGGCUGAGAUAGUGAUGGCAGACCCGGUGGCUGAGUCGACCCUGGAGCCUGAGCCUGGUGUGGUGAUCUAUACCUCCGAGGACCUCACAACUGAUGCCGAUGGUCUGGCCCAGUACAGUGAAGUUGAAGCUGUCAGUAGCACGAUGCCUGCUGUAAUCAUGGCUGAACCUCAAGUCCAGCCGGAAAAUGCCACCACUCAAGUGGUACAUGUUGCAGCUGGUGAGUCGGUGGACAGUGCAAGCUAUGUAAUAGCUGAGCAGGCUGGCCAGCAGGGUCAGUGUGAGGGAGGUCUGUCAAUGGACUCGGUGUCUUACCACAUGGAGGCUCUGCCAAUGCCUGUUGUCCCGGACAUGGUGGAGGAGUCGGUAGAGGAGAUGGUGGAGGAGGCUGAGGUUGUAGAGGGAGAUAACUCUGAGGAAGCUCCAGAAGAAGCUGAUAUUUCUCAUAUGCAAGUUCUUCAUGUAACAGCAGAUGGACUUCAGGUGAUACAGAGUAAUGGUGCCGUUGAAGCAGCUGUCCAACAGGCGAAUGAAGAAAUAUUGGCUGCAGAACAAAGGGAAGAUGAAGUAGAGGAGGAUAUUUUGACUGCUGACUCAGGAGACGUAGCACCUGUAGAAUCUUAUGCCAGUGUACAAGAGCCUGAAACAACACUAGUAGAAUCCAAUUCAAACGUACAAGAGGCUGUAACAGAGGCUGUCAUCCAACCCGAGACAUGCAUCCCACUUGGAGAAGAAACUGUAGAGGAGGCACAGCCAGUACUUCUGGAACAGCAUGUAAUGGAAACUGUAGAGUCUGUCCCAGAUACAACAAGACCAGUCACUCCUGCGCAAGAGGAAAAACAGGAGAAUGUGGAGCCUUCUCCAGAAUUAGUGGAGGAAAAUGAGGAUGUGGAGGAGGAAAAAAUGGAAGAGGAAGUCGACGAGGAAGAUGAACUUAUAGAAGAGGAAGAUGUUAAGAUAAUUCAGUUAAAUACAGAGGAUGCAAUUGAAGAGGAGGGAGAUGAGGAGGAACCAGAGGAGCUUGAAGAUGAAGAAAAGCAAAUUGUAGAAGAUGAAGAAGAAAUGAGUGAAGAAGAUAAUAUGAUUGAGAAAAUGGAUACUCCCACAGCAUCAGUGAUAGAUCCAAAUACUGGUGCCACAAUAGAAACUCUAAAAUGUGAUGAUGGGGGAACUGUAGCAGUAACUUACAAUGUUGAUGAUGAUAGUGACGAUGAGGGUGAGGUUGAGCCUCUACCAGGACCUGAUGAUGAUGAAUACGAAGACGACGAAGAGCCUGAGGAAGAUGAAGAACCUAAGGAAGUACAAGAGGAUGAACAAGAGGAAGAACAAGAGGAAGAAGAGGAAGAAAAGAAGGAAGAGAUGGAGGAAGAGAUGGAUGUAGAAGAGGAUGAAGAACCAGAGGAAGAAGAGGAAGUUGAAGAAGAAAAACUUCCAGCAAAACGAAGGGGGAGACCAUCAAAAGUAGCAGAAGAGGCUGCUGCUGCUGCUAUUCUUGCCCAGAAAUCACGCAGGAAGUCUGCAAAUGCUGUUGACACCCCUGAGGUGAAAACAAAAGGCAGAAAGAGUAAUGUUGAAGUAGAGACACCUGAAGCAAAACGCGGAAGAGGUAGACCUGCCAAGGAAACUCCAGCUUCAGAUACACCAGAAACAAAACGAGGAAGGGGAAGGCCAGCAAAGGGUUCCAAGCAGGAGGUAAGUGAAGAAACACCAGAGCCUCCAAAGAGUGGUCGGAGAGGUAGACCAGCCAAAGAAACUACUGACACACCUGAAACGUCUGAGAAACCUAAAGGAAGAGGACGUCCAUCUAAAGAUGCUAAAACAGAGGAGACUCCAGAAGUCAAAACACCAGGAAGAAGGGGAAGGCCAAAAAAGAAAGAGGUUGAAGUGGAGGAAGAGGAGAAUGAAGAAGAAGAAGAAGAUGAAGUAGAGGAACCUGCUUCAACUCCUAAAGGUAGAAAGAGUAAAUCACAAGAGGUUGCGACACCAGUAUCAAGUGGUGAGCCAAAGAAGAGAGGAAGACCUCGUAAAGAAGAGGAAGAAACUCCUACACCAAAGAGUAGGGGAAGAGGUAGGCCAAAAAAGGAACAAGUUGUUGAGAUAGAAGAAGAGGAGGAGGAGGUGGAAGAAGAAGAGGAGGAAGAAAUGGAAGAGGAGGAGGAGGAGGUUGUUGAAGUUAAGAGGAAACGAGGACGACCUUCAAAAUCUGGUACACCAGCUAAAGCAGAAACACCAUCAGCAGGAAAGGGUAAAGGCAAAGACACAGUCACCAGAGGUAAACUUGCAGAGGAAGAAGAAUCUGACAAAUCUAGACGAAGGUCAGGUAAAGGAAAACAGGUUGAGGAUGAGAUUGAGGAAGAGGUAGCAAAGUCCCCAGGAAAGAAAGGAAAGGGAAAGAGGAAAGAAGAGGAUGAAAAAACAAGAAGAACACCUGCUGCAACAGCAACUGUCACUCCUGUCACUAAGAAACGUGGAAGGGGGGCAGAAGAGGAAGCUCAAGAUGAUGAGGAUGAGGAAGGUAUAGAAGUAGCUGAAGUGGAGAUGCCUGUGAGAAAACGUUAUAAAAACAGUGAAAGUGUACAGACCAUGUCUGACGCAUCUACCGAGGCGGGCAAAAUCAUCAUACCAAGAGUAAAACAAGAGCCUAUGGAGGAGGACAAACAAAUGAAAAUGAAGACAGUCAUAGUAAGAGAAGAUCAGGGAGACAUCUAUAAUAUUGACCAAAUUGACGAGGAUGAACCAAUGGAAUCUUCCCUUAGUGGUCCCAGUGCAUCAGCUGUACCUUUUAUUGAGGUGGAAACCAUUGAGGAGUCGCCUGGUAAGAGGUCAGUUCUAACUCAGACUGAUCCUAAACUAAAGAAAAAGAAAUUUGGACCACUAGGAAUGGAAGUGGAUGUGAAUGGAGAGGAGAAAUCUCCAAGAAAAAGGAAAAAGAAGGAAGACGAUGUGGGGAUGUUUGAAGACCUGGAACCAAAGAGGAGGUCAGUAAGAAAUACAGAGGAGGCCUUGAAUUGUCCCUUCUGUGAUAAAGCCUUUAUUGGCUUAGUGAAACACAUCAAAGGCAAGCACAGGGAUGAGACAGACUAUGAGGAGGAGAUGAGGAAUGCCAAGUGGAGGGAAAAGAUAAUGAAAGUGUCGACACAGGGUGCAGAAGAAGAUGGUGAGCAGUGUCAAGAAUGUGGCAAAACCACUAAGAAUAUCAAACGCCACCAAGAACUCCACCAGCAGAACCGCAUGCAGAUCCCUUGUCCUAUCUGUGGUAAAGUGGUUCUCAAAACCGGUAUGAGCUCCCACAUGCGUACUGUGCACUCUGGUCGCCGCCCAUACAAGUGUCCUCAUUGUGAUUACUCGUCUGCAUUCCGUGGAAACCUUAACACCCAUAUUAAGGGCAUGCAUCUACACACAAGACAGUAUCUCUGUAAUACAUGCAAAGCUGCAUUCAAGACACUGGGAGCCCUGAUUGGUCACACCAAGCGUGUUCAUGAGGGAUGGAAAUCUCCUAACCAAAAGAUCUUUAUUUGCUCAGUGUGCGAGAAGCGCUUCACCAAGAAGUACCAUGUGGAUCGCCACAUGCUGAUCCACACAGGGGAGAAGCCACAUAAAUGCAUAGACUGUGGACGUUGCUUCAACAACAAAUCCAAUCUCAUGUCCCACAUCCAACUGGUACACAAAAAGCUGUCGCCCUACCAAUGUGACAUGUGCCAGGAGACUUUCAAACGUAAGAAGCUCCUGCUGGAACACAUUGGAAAGGUCCACGUCACCGCUGGGGAGGCUGCACAGGCCAUCAUUCGCAAGUUUGAGCUUGAGGACUCGGAUGAUGAACUAGAUGACGAUGAUUUGGAUGAACAGGUUGCAGUUGCACAGGUUGAGAAUGUACAUCUGGAGGAAGAUGUUGGUGACGGACAGACCUAUGUGACAGUGUCUGGGGCUGACGGGGCGUACACAACAGCCGUGGUCAGUGACACAGCUCAGCUGUUGGCUGGACAGGGACUGACUACUCUGCAGACUGAGGGUGGACAGGAGACAAUCAUCAUUGUCCAGACUGCUGACGGUGGGGAGAAUGCAACGCAUGCCAUUGUGGACCAGGAUGGUACUGUACAGUACGUUAUGCAGCAGCCCAUGGACGGAAGUGCCGAUGGGGCUCAGCUAUAUGCUCAGAUACAGCAGGGCACAGUGUGAGAUGUGUCCGACUAUAAGAACUUGUAACCAACUGUUUGGAAACUAAAUGUAUUGGAACAAUUUCAAAAGAUCUGAUAGAGUUUUGUUUUUACUGAGAAUGUUAUUCUAUGGAGAAAUCCAUGGAGAAUAAUGAUCAAGGGAGAAUUAAUGUUCCAAGUGCAUAUCCUGCAUGUUUUUGUUGAAAUUAAAUUCUGACUUCAGAUAAACAGAUGUAAUGACAGUUUCUGAUGAACAGCGUGAUCAAUUUUGAGAUUAAUUGUUGUCUGCUGUCCAUAAGAAAACAUCUGCCAAACAAAAAGCAUCUCAAACACUUUUGUUUAUUUUUGGUUGAACACAGUUCGUACCAGGAAGUUUUAGUGGUAGAGAUGGAUUAAUUCAGGCAUUUAACAGCUAGGAUUCUCAUUCUCAAAAAAAAGAUAUCGUCAAUAGUAAGUAACAUGUUUUAAUUUUUGUAAUGACAUGUUUUGACAUUUGAAUUCUAAUACACACAAAAUGUUAUUAAUUGACUUGCUAUUACUGCUUUCUGAUCCUGCAUUGAUUUAUCUCAUUUUCAUUUUACAUGUUUUUUUUAACUCGACUGAAAUGUAAUAUUUAUAUCAUGUCUUUUUUUCCGGUAUUACAUUUUUACUUAAGCUAAUCGUGCAAGGUGGGCCUUGUCAAAAUUUGAGUAUCUGGUUUGAAUAUUAUUUUUUGUUGUUCACAAAAUACAAUGCAAAACUUUCUUAAUAAUAGAAACUGCUCUUAGAUAUAUUCAGGUCAUCAUGUAUAUGAUUUGUGGAUAACUUUCACUUGUAGUUUAUGUUGACAAACAUUUGUGUAUACACACUUUUGUGAUCUGCUGGUAUUGACACUUCAGUGAGUUAAGUAUUCACACACAAAAUUCACUGUAUUUACAUUGCAGUGGAACGAAUUUGUACAAUUUAUUUUAGCCAUAUCAAGAUUGUGCAUACCAGCAGAUCAUGAAGCUUUUUAUCAAUGAAAUAGUCUGUCAACCUGAAACUUAAAGACAUUUUUCACAAAUAGUUCUAUUUAUGCACUUCACAGUAUGGAAUUAUAUUUCCUGAAAUGAAAUUCUUUGCACAUUUGUAUCGAUAGCUAUUUUUAUUCAGGUUUUAUACCUGUUAUGCAUGCCAUCAGCCAUUUUAGCUGUUGGUGUUAUGAAACCAUUCACUCCAUCAUCACUCUAUUUGAUUGAUUUGAUGGGAAAGAAAAUUUAAGAAAGAAAUUCUUUCACCAGUAGAAUAUAUAUCGGUAGAUAGCAGCUGUAGGGAAUUCCAGAUGAUAGUAGAUUUGCAUUGUAAAGACUAAGUUUGACUCCAAAUUGCUGUUUUAUUGACAUGCAUCAUUUUUUAAGCAAACACUAACAUUUUUGAUAUGUUAUUUAAAUUGUAAUUUAAUUUUAAUAGACAUUAGUUAACAUACUGUUCAACCUGGUACCAGUUUACAACUGCCCAGAGAGGACCAGGAUAAUUUGUUCAUUAAAGCACAUUAUUUGUUAUCAUAAUGAAUCUGAUGUCCGGUUUCAAUGAUGAAUUUGUAUUUAAUACAAACCUGUAUGGUUUUUUGUUGUCAGCACACUUUAUUGUUUCUUUAGCUUCUAGUUUGUUGCAGGAUUGUGUUGUGUUUGACGGCACCAGCACAGAAAUAACAAGUAGAUCUAGAUCCUGUUUUCAAUGAGGAUAAUUUUGAGGUGUCUUUCCAAUGUCGAAGGAAUGCACAAGAUUAAAGAUCAUUGUGUCUAGUGCAAACCAUCAACCAAAGACCUUAAGUAAUUCACAAACAAAUUCAAUACAACGUUUGUCACCGUCGCUAAUUCAGGUUUACAAUGCUGUACAUGUUCGUGGCAAACCUGGUAGAACUCAUUUAGUAAGUAAUUACAUAUGCUUGGUAGUGUUUUUGCCCAGUGGAAACAAGUGGAGAUUGUUGAUUUACACAUCAUAGAGUAGUGUUGUAUACUAGAUGUGUCCCUUGUGAUGCUUGACGUUGUGUAUGUAUCAAUGUGGUGUAUAUGGUUAACAUGCACUGUUUUGCCGUGAAAGAUGUAUGCAAUAUUUUUGGGGAGAUGAAAGAAUGAGGAAUAUUUUGUAGAAUGAGAACAGGAAUGAGGAUUUUAAAGAGGUAUGCUGACUUUUCUUGAGAAAUGUAAUAUAUAAGGAUUUUUACAGGAAACCUUUUGUCAAAUGAAAGGAUUUUAUUUAAAGAUUAGUUAGUUCAUGCCCUAGAGUACAUAUAAAAGAUCCUUGAGUUGAAGCUUCUCUUUUUACAUUGUAUUGUAUUUGAACAAUGUUGUAUCGGAAGAAAACUGAAGCCUAUAUAUUGUUAUUGUUAAGCUUGCAUGUGUGGAAUUUGAGAGUUUUCUGGCCUACACUGUCGGACAAAAUGAAAUGAAGUCAUAACAGUAAUGUACUGUGCCAGUGGGUUAUUUAAAGUGAACGUGGAACAGAAUGGUUCUGAAUGAAAUGUAAACUUGACAAAAACAACAGGAAACUUUAAAGAGGAAGAAAGUUUUGAGAGCAAUGAUAAAUGGCAGUUUAGCCCCUUGAAGUUUUAUUUAGGAGUAUGAUUGGAAUCCUGGCACCUACAUCAGAUGCCAGACCAGGCCUUGGUUUCAUGAACAUUUCUUAUCCAAAGUUUUUACAAUAUUCUUGAGCUUAACCAUGUCUUCCCAUCUGGAAUAAUGAUAUUUGGGGAAACGUAUUUUAAGGAAAAGAUGUCUCAUGAAACUAGGGCCUGCUGAUGGCGGUUUUGUCACUGUUGUAUGCAAUUCAUAUGCAUGGUAAUAAAGAUGAAGAUAUCAAAA